AUGGUGCCAAAAAUGAAGAAGGAAGCUCCUGCCCUUCCCAAAGCCGAAGCCAAGGCAAAGACCUUGAAAGCUGAGAAGGCAGUGCUGAAAGGCGUCCACAGCCAGAAAAAGAAGAUCAGAACGUCACCCACUUUCCAGCGGCCCAAGACCCUGCAGUUCUGGAGGCAGACAAAAUAUUCUCGAAAUGCACCCAGGAGAAACUAGCUUGACCACUAUUCUAUCAUCAAAUUCCCCCUGACCACCCAGUCAGCCAUGAAGAAGAUAGAGGACAACACCCUUGUGCUCAUUGUGGAUGUCAAAGCCAACCAGCACCAGAUCAAACAGGCCGUGAAGAAACUCUUUGACAUUGAUGUGGCCAACAGAGAGAAGAAGGCGCGUGUUCACUUGGCUCCUGAUUAUGAUGCUCUAGAUGUUGCCAACAAGACUGGCAUCAUCUGA